AACAUUCAACGACAAACUAACAACGUCGUUGUUUUUCUUUUUUUGAUAAAAUUUUUAAAAUAUCUUGAUGAUUUAAAUUGAACGAAGAAAUUUUAAAUGAUGUCAUCGAAUAAACCUAAGACAACAACAACAACAACAAAAGUUUGGUCAUCAUCAUUGAAUAAAUCAUGUCAACAGAAUUCUGCUAAAUUGACGAAAGAUUCGAAUUCGAAAUCAAAUUCAAAAUCAUUAUCAUCAUCAUCACCGACAAAAAUUCGAUUCGAUUUAAAUAAAGCAAGAGAAAAAAUACGUAUAGUUCAAGAACAAUAUAUUCGUGAUGAAAUUGAAAAAGAUCCAUGGUAUCAUUAUUCAUUAAGAUAUCGUCGUCGUAGACAGCUUGAAAAAUUGAAAAAUAUUUCCAUCAAACAACAACAAAGUGACAUUGAUAAUGUUGGGGAUCAACAACAACAAGAAUCCGUCGAACAAUCAUCAUCAACUCAACUUGAUGAUAAUUUGAAUGCAUUUGAGGAUCUGGAUGAUCAAUAUUAUCUGGAUACUGUAAAUGAAUCAAUAAAAAAUUUAUUGAAUAAUGUUGAUAAAGUCAAUGAUGAUGAUAAUGAUAAUUUAGAACAAAAUGUUUCUGGCAAUAACAAUAAACGAUCAAUAUUUAUGUUGGAUGAAGAAUGUCCUAGUUCACCAUCUAAACGUCAUCGAACAAUUUCACAAGUUAAAUCAUCAUCAACGACUGAACGAAAAAUUUUCAAACAUAAACGUGCAAAUAAUGAUAAUGAAAGCAAUAAUGAUAAUGAUGAUUGUAAAAAACCACCGACAAUUGAUCCAUAUUCGUUUUUUGAUCAUGUUAAAACAUUAGAUUUUGAAUCAACAAGUACAGAUUCUAGUUUAUUAUCGAAACAAAAACCAAAACGUAAUGACAAUGAUAAUGAUCGACCAUCGAAUUCCGGCAAAGAACAAUCAUCAUCGGCAAAAAGUAUUAAUCCUGAUAAUGUUGAUGAUGAUGAUGAACCGAAAAAAGUAAAGAAAAAAUUGACUGAUGUUUCAAAUCAAUUAUCAAUCAAUCAGGAUCGUAUAGCAAAAAAGAAAACAACAAUGACAAAAAAGAAACAAUCAAUCAAUAAUAAUUUUCGUCGUUUACAAAUGCGUAAAAAACGUUUCUAUGUAAAUCAAAAACAAUCACGUUUUCGUAAUUCGAAAAAAAAUAAAUUCAAACAAUAUAAAGCAAAUCGUAUGAUUUCAAAAUUAGAUAAUAAAUGUUAUAAAUGUGGAUCAAAUGAUCAUAUUGAAGAAGAAUGCGAUAAUAUACCUAGUCUUUCAGUACAAUUUGAUGAAGAUCAAACCGGUGAUGGUGCAUUAGAUUCAAGUUUUGAUCAAUCAUUUGAUCUUGGUUGUAAUAAUGGUCUUUAUAAUGAUUUAGAUUAUCAUGAAGUUGAAUAUACAUUAAUGUCAACUUAUUUUUCCAUUUGUAAUGAUUAUAUUCGUAUGGAACAACGACAAAUAAUUAAAAGAAUUAUAUGUGGUCGUUCUUGUUUACUUGUUGCACCAACUGGUUUUGGUAAAUCUAUUUGCUAUCAGACUGCUGCAUUGGCUUAUUGGAAUAGAUUACGUUCAAUUACAUUGGUUAUAUCACCAUUAAUAUCAUUAAUGCAAGAUCAGAUACGUAAUUUACCAUCGAAAUUACGUGGUGUUUGUAUUAAUUCAAAUCAAAAUGAACGUGAAAAUGCAACAGCCAUUUCGGAUAUUAUUGAAUAUCGUGCACAAAUUUUAUUCCUUAGUCCAGAAUGUUUAGUAAAUGGAUUUCAAUCAAUUCCAUUUAAAUCAUUUCCAAAAAUUGCAUUUGUUUGUAUUGAUGAAGCACAUUGUAUUGCAUCAUGGUCGACAAAUUUUCGUCCAUCAUUUUUACAAUUAUAUGAAUCAAUACGAACAAAAUUAAAUAUACGUACUGUAUUGGCAUUAACAGCAACCGCUACUAAAGAAAUGGUUGAAAAUAUUUGUAAAAAUCUUUUGAUUGAUCAGAAAAAUGAUGUUAUCGGUCAUACACGAAUACCGGAUAAUUUGAUAUUAACUGUAUCAAAAUCACCAACAAAUAAAAUGAAAACAUUAGUUAAUUUAUUAAAACAAUCACCAUUUAUGGAAUUAACAUCGAUUAUUAUUUAUUGUACUAGACGUGAUGAUUGUGAACAUUUAGCAUCAUACAUAAGAACAUCAUUACAAUUUGAAAAAAAUUAUCGUCAAACUGAAUCAUUUGCUGAAUGUUAUCAUGCAGGUCUUUCAUCACAACAACGACGUGAUAUUCAACGACGUUUUUUACAAAAUAAAUUACGUAUUGUUGUUGCUACAAUUGCAUUCGGUAUGGGUAUUAAUAAAAAAGAUGUUAUGGCUGUUAUACAUUAUGAUAUGCCAAAAAGUUUUGAAAAUUAUGUACAAGAAAUUGGUCGUGCUGGACGUGAUGGUCAUCCAGCUAUUUGUCAUCUAAUUUUAGAUGAUAAUUAUUCAGAUCUUUAUCGUUUACAAAAUUUUAUCUAUGCAAAUGGUGUUGAUCGUGAAAAUAUUUCAAAAUUUAUACAUCUUGUUUAUGAACAAUGUCAUUGUCGUCGUUUGGUUGAAAUUUUUGAAGAUUUAAACACUGAUAAUAAUAAUGAUGAUAAUGUUAAAAUUGAUUGUCCAAGACAUCCAGUUGCAUUACCAAUUUUUACAACCGAAAUUGAAACCGAUAUUAAAUCCGAAGUUCUUUUAACAAUUUUAAUGAUGUUAGAAAAUAAAAAUAAUGAACUGAAUGAUAUCAAUGGUGAAUUGAAUGGCCAACAAUCGUUUGCUAUAAAAGUACAUAGUUCAUUUAAUUCAAUAUGUCAUAUUGUUAAUUUUAGUGAUGAUGAAGAUUUUCUUAAAAAAUUAAUUGAAAAAGAUGAUAUUCUUCGUCAUGCUGAUGUUCUAAUGAAAAGACGACGACAACAACAACAACAACAAUCAUCAUCAUCAAAUGGAUUAUGGAAUUCAAAUACAAAUUUUACAUUUUCAAUUGCCGAUGUUGCACGAUUAAUGACAAAAGAUGUUUGGUCAAUACGUAAACAUUUGAAAUCGAUUCAAAGAAAAUAUCGUCGACAAUUGGGUAUACGUUUUUCCGAUUAUUCAUUUCAUUUUGAUUCACCUGGUGUAUUAUCAAAUAAACAAUUAGAAAAUAUUAUUGAUUCAGUUUAUAAUCGUAUGAUAAAAUUUGAACAACAAGAAAUAUUAAAAUUACGUUAUACAUAUCAAAAAUUAUCAGAAUUUCGUCUGAAUAGUUUAGAACGUAAAGAUGAUGAUAAAUUAUUGGAAAAAUCAGAUAAUUUAAAAGAAUUUUUAAAUCAAAUUUAUUUUGGUACCGAAUCAAUAACCAGUGAAAUUGAAAAAACAUUUUCAACAAUGGAUAGAAAAUCAAUAAAUUAUUCAUUACCUUGUUUAAUGGAUAUGAGAAAUGAUGAUUAUGCUGCAAUUUCAUAUAAAAUUACUGAAUUUAUUCAACAAUUUUAUGAUCAAGGUUUAGAUACAGCAAGAAAAAUUGCUAGAAUUUUAACUGGUAUAUCAUCACCACAAUAUUCUGCUGAUAUUUGGGCACGACAACGACAAUUUUGGCGUUCAUUAACUGAUGUUGAUUUUGAAUUUUUACUUUAUUUAACUGAACAAUGUUUAGCUGAUCAUUGUAAUCGAUAAUUGAUCUUUAUUUUCAAAUUUAAUUUACUCUCCCCUCUCUCUGACUCUCUGUUUACUUUGUAAUUUUCAUUUC